AUGUCUUCCGUAUUUCGAGAAUCGUCGCUGUCCGCCAGCAUCAACCGUCAAUCGCUAAUGGCGACCCCGUCAGUCGCCGAGACGCUGCCGAACGCGAACUUUGGUUUUGAAGAGCUUCGCGAUCGCAUGAGCAAGUUCACCUCAAAGUUCGAUGCCUUUAUUGAACAGGGUCGCAAGCGCGUGUUGGAGGAGCGAAAUGAAUUUCGCAUGAACGUGGCAGAACUACAAGAGGACCAGCGCAUGAAGAAAAAGGACAUUGAGAUCUUGCAACUCAAGACGAGCACCCAUCAACAGACCGUUGCCAAGGAAAAGGCCGAGACGCGCGAGAUGCAAGCGUCGAUCGCGCAGCUAUCGGAAGAACGCGACAAGCACCUGGCGACACGGGAUGCCCUCAAGAAACAAAUCGAGGAGACACAAAGGGAGAUUGAUGCCCGGCUGGCAGCGCAGCGGGCGCACAUGAAGCAGCUCGAGGCGCAGUCGCGCUUCAACGUACCAGAACUUGAGUUUUGGCAGCAGAACCUCGGACUACGGAUAGAAGGCGCGGGCAAGGACGAUCGGCUCAAGUUCAUCUACACAUACGUCGACGACCAGGACUGGGAGAGGGAAGCGUGGUUCGAGCUCAACACGGCGAGCCGAGACUACGAUAUACGGCACUGCCGGCCCAAGCUAGAGCGGGAGCGUGUAGAGCGGGUGCUGGACCAGCUCAACGAAACAAGGGAACUGGCGGUGUUGCUCAAGGGCAUGCGAGAGUUAUUUGUGGAGGCGAUGAAGACUUGA